GAGGUGAUGGAUUCUUGAAGUGCGCUGUAGUAGUUGUAUGAUGACUGCACCAUUCUUACACGCACACAGCGAGGGAAAUAAAAUACAAGCAUCAAUUCGGAAGACCCUAAUAUAUAGAUUUCAUAAGGAACUUAAAGAAGAUGAUGUUUAUUCAAUCACUAACUUUGGAUUUGCUUCAAAUAGUGGGGCUUUCCGGGGUGCACAUCAUGAAUACAAACUAAGUUUCCAGUAUGGCACAAGGGUUAGUUCACUUGAUCACGCACUGAUCACUGCAUCUCCUUUUACGUUCGUUGAACUUCACGAGAUCGCAACCAACUAUGAUCAAAACUAUUUGGCAGGUGAUGUUAUUCAUACUAAUUAGAACAUUGCUAUCCUUUAUAUUUAAUUCUUUAUUCUUUAUGUCUAAUGCAGAAAAUACUAACAAAUGUUAUAGCAAUGUGUACCGAUUGUGGCGAUGAAAAAGAGUAUGAAAGAAAUGGUCAAAUAGGCAAAAUGCGAGCCAUUACACUCGAAUCAAAUGGGUUUCGGAUUAAACUUCGUGUAUUGGAUGACACAGAUUCAGCAACAUUCGUGCUUUUUGAGCGAACCGUGACUUCUAUACUAAAUAAGUCAUGCAGUGCCAUGAUAGAAUCAACAAAUAAGAUUACUGGCCCGCUAUCAACUAAUCAACUCCUCCUGAUAUUAUGGACUUGAUAGGAAAAUCAUUUGUGUUCAAGCUUGAAGUCAAGAAAAAAGUUGACUCUCGAUUUGAACCAGGACUGUCUCCAGGAAUUUUGGGGGAGGUUAUGGUGAUAUAGAUCCACUAAAUGAGAUUGUUUUUGAUCCGAUUCACCAGGUGCACGAGAUCAUUCUGACGCACUGCCCUCAACAGGAAUACUAUUUCGCUCUGAAGAAUAUCUACGAGCAGAAAGUGCAGAAAUUGUAGAUUUUGGGCCUCCAUCAUUUGUUUGUGACCACUGCACAGCACAACUAUGGUUUGAGGAGAGAGCUAACAAAGCCUCAAGGUCAAACAAAAUCGAAUUUUCAAUUUGUUGUAUGAAAGGUAAAGUGCAACUCCCAUUUUUGAAAAGGCCUCCCCAACUACUGCUAAGAUUAAUGAAUGGAUAUGACCAUAGAAGUGCUCAUUACAAGGAAAAUAUAAGAGCGUACAACAUGUUUUCUUUCACUUCAAUCGGAGGGAAAGUCGACUCUUCCUACAACCAUGGUGGCGGUCCACCCCAGUUCAUUCUUAAUGGCCAAAAUUAUCAUCGCAUAGGCCGUCUUAUUCCAAAUGAAGGAGUUAUGCCUAAAUUUGCCCAACUAUAUAUUUACGACACUGAAAAUGAAGUGUCAAACAGAUCUUCCAUUUUAAAUUGAACGAAAAUCACAAAGAGCUUGAUCAGACUUUAAUAGAAGAUCUCUCAAGGAUGAUCGAUCAACAUAAUGUCAUGGCUCAAUCUUUCAGGAGAGUAAGGGAUUACUUGCAGAGAAAUACGAGCUCAAAUUUAUGUCUAAGGCUGUUCAGGAGUCGGGCAAAUGAUGCCGAACUUAUAAUUUACCUAGCUCUAAUGAGGUGGCUGUGUUGAUUGUUAGGGAUUUAGAAAACAUGGAACUAGGAAGAGAUAUUAUUGUAAAGAAGCAAUGUGGUCAGUUGACCAGAAUUCACGAGAUACACACUGCAUUUAUACCCCUACAGUAUCCCUUACUCUUCCGUUAUGGAGAGGACGGAUACCAAGAGGGCAUCCCGAUUAGAGAAUCUAUCAUGCUUAGCCAAAAACGAAAACGAAUUCGGGUUUCACUAAGAGAGUAGUUCAUUGCUUUCAGAAUUCAAGAGAAGAGCUUGGAGUAUGGGAACAUUGUGAACGCUGGCAGACUAUUUCAGCAAUUUUUCGUAGACUAUUACACAAUGAUAGAGUACCAACGGUUGUCAUACAUACGUUUAAACCAAAAGGUCAUCAGGUGUGACGUUUUGAAUGGUUUACAAGAAGUUGUACAUAGAGGUGAAAAUGAAGCAUCUUCAUUGGGAAAACGUAUCAUAUUACCAGCUUCAUUUACGGGUGGUAAUAGGUAUAUGUUUCAGAACUAUCAGGAUGCAAUGGCAAUAUGCAAACGGUUUGGCUAUCCCGAUCUCUUUAUCACCAUUACAUGCAGCUAUAAUUGGACAGAAAUAAAAGAUUUUGUAUAUGAAAGGGGACUUGCUGCCAGAGACAGGCUUGACAUUGCUGCCAGAGUUUUUAAAAUUAAGCUAAAUCAGAUGAUGACAGAUUUUAAAAAGGGCGAAAUAUUUGGAAAAGUAGCGGCAGGAACAUAUACUAUUGAGUUUCAAAAAAGGGGACUCCCUCAUGCCCAUAUUUUGCUUUGGUUGUGCCCUUCAAACAAGCUCAAAACGGGGACGUAUAUCGACAAGCUUAUAUCAGCAGAGUUACCUGACGAUAAAAUGUACCCUAGGUUGGCAAGGGCGGUGUCUACUUUCAUGAUUCACGGUCCGUGUGGGGUGGCUAAUAGUGAAAAUCCAUGCAUGCAAAAAGGUCGAUGUUCAAAGUUUUUUCCCAAAAAAUUCCAGGAUACAACUACCAUAGAUGAGGAAGGCUGUCCAAAAUACAAACGCAGGAACUGUUGGUUUCAAAAUAGGGAGUUGAUUUGGAUAACAGGUAUGUCAUACCAUACAACCCAGUUCUUUUAAUGAGAUACCAGGCACAUGUUAACGUGGAAUACUGUAACAAGUCCAACUCCAUAAAAUAUUUAUUCAAGUACGUUAAUAAGGGCCCAGAUCGAGCCACUGUCCAGAUUACAAAUGUUUCAGAGAAGGAAGAACCAAUUGAUGAGAUAAAAAAUUACUAUGAUUGUAGAUAUGUUGGUGCAUGUGAAGCUGCAUGGAGAAUAUAUGAGAAUGACAUACACCACAGGUGGCCACCGGUUCAAAGACUGACAUUUCAUCUACCGAAUGAGUAGUCCAUUAUAUUCAGUGACGAUGAACCCAUUGAGUCAGUUGUUAGGAACAAUGAGAACCUGCAAACAAUGUUCCUGGCGUGGUUUGAAGCAAAUAAGGAGUACGACGACGAAAAAGACGUGACAUACGCUGAAUUUCCCACUGGGUUUGUUUACUUGAAAGAGGAGCAAAAAUGGAAGCCAAGAAAGCAAGGAACGUCUAUUGGAAGACUGAACUUUAUCCCACCUGGCAGUGGUGAGCUCUACUACAUGAGGAUUUUGUUAACAACGUAAAGAGGGUGCACCGACUACAGUAGUUUUAGAACUGUGAAUGGAGUUACCUAUGCCACUUUUUGUGAAGCAUGUCGUUCCCUGGGAAUGCUAGAUGACGAUAAAGAGUUCAUUGCAGGAAUCAUUGAGACAAGCAUGCUAGGUUCUGGUCAUCAGCUAAGGAGAUUAUUUAUUUCUUCAUUGGUCAUGCACACGAUGGGCUAACCGCAUCUGGUAUGGAACUCUACAUGGAGGUUGUUAUCAGAUGGUAUUAUAUAUGAGCGCAGGAGAAGCUUGAAUAUGCCAGGAAACUAUCCACUAAAUACAAAAUCUGUUUUUAAGUUUUUAUCAGGUCCUUGAUUUAAUAUGGGCACUUUUUUCCAGCGUUGCAGAUACAAGAUGAUGAGUUGAAGAACCUCUGCUUAAUCGAAUUGGAAAAACUAUUAUCAGCCAACGGAAUAUCACUAACUAACUUUGAUGGUAUGCCAUGCCCGGAUGAAUCAGACAUGACCGACUUCCAGAAUAAAUUCUUGGUUGAUGAAAUGAGCUAUGACCGAGAACAACAGGUUUCACUUCAUUCAUCCCUACUAGAGAAGUUAACGGCAGAGCAGAGGCACACAUACGAUCAUAUAAUUACUGUUGUUUACUCAAAUUUGGGUGGGUUUUUUGUCCUUUAUGGGUACGGAGGUACUGGCAAGACAUUUGUUUGGAAUACUUUAUCGGCCGCGCUCAGAUUAAAAGGAUCAGUUGUCUUGAACGUUGCUUCUAGUAGAAUCGCUUCACUACUUCUACCGGGAGGUAAGACUGCACAUUCCACCUUUUGCAUUCCAUUUGUAACGAACGAGGAAUCAACUUCCAAUAUUCGCCAAGGUAGUCUUAAAGCAAAGUUGCUCCUGCAUGCGAAAUUGAUCAUUUGGGAUGAGGCGCCAAUGCUAAGUAGGCAUUGCUUUGAAGCAGUUGAUCGUACUUUAAGAGAUAUUAUGCGGGUGCAGUGUGAAGAAAACUCGGAAAGACCAUUCGGGGGGAAGGUUGUUGUAUUGGGUGGAGAUUUUUGUCAAAUAUUACCGGUCAUAAGAAAAGGAACUAGGCAUGACAUUGUUUCAGCCGCUGUAAAUUCAUCUCACAUUUGGGAAAGUUGUGUUGUUUUGAGGUUAUCCACAAAUAUGAGACUAAAUGUUGGAGUGACAAGUGAAGACCAUGCAGCUACCAAAGAAUUUGCAGAUUGGACUCUCCAACUUGGAGAGGGUUCAAAUGAGUCUCACGAAAACGGUGCGAGUGAAGUUCAAAUCCCAAGUGACUUAUUGAUUAAUGGUUGUAAAAACCCACUGCACUCAUUAGUUGAUUUUACAUACCCAGAACUACUACAGAAUCACGCAAGUCCCACAUUUUAUGGGAGCUAUUUUUGGCACUGUUCCUGUGCCUCAAAUGGGGUAAGAGCAGUCACUUUUUAGAAAUUUGAAUUUUUCGAGGAUUGCAUUAUAGGCAUGGAUUCAUUGUUGUUUAUUGAACUUUAAUUGCUAAUUUUUCUUGGUGAGGCCGAGAUUAGAAUGGGGUAAUGUCUAGUACAAAGUCUGAAAAAAUUAAUUAAUAUAGCUAGACCUCUUACCUUGCGAAAAAGGGAAUGUGAGACCAUGUCGAAAAUCGUAAGUGUUUUGUACAAUAAGAUGAGAUUGGGGAUCUUUCGAAAGAAAUGAUGUUCUCGUGCCAACAUGACAAGGAAAACUGAACUUAAUUAAUUGAACUUGGAGGCUAUUUCAAAAUUAGCAUUAGUCCUCAUGUACUUCAAGUAUACGUCAAAGCACUGAUGUGCAACGACGGUUUAGCAUAGUUGUACACCAUGUCUACUCUUUGCAUAUGUUUAAAUGAUAGUUCCUAAUUUGUAGUCUACUGAAUUCUCUGAUCAUAAGAAUAGCCCUGAAAUUCGUGAAUGCAUUAAGUCCUUGUCACGUUGUUCCAAAAAUCUCAAAGAAAGGGACUAUUUAUCCCUUACCAUUCACCAUUCACCACCAUCUUCACAAGUCCUUCUGAUCGGUAGUACUUCUACCGAGAGGUAAGACUGCACAUUCCACCUUUUGCAUUCCAUUUGUAACGAAUGAGGAAUCAACUUGCAAUAUUCGCCAAGGUAGUCUUAAAGCAAAGUUGCUCCUGCAUGCGAAAUUGAUCAUUUGGGAUGAGGCGCCAAUGCUAAAUAGACAUUGCUUUGAAGCAGUUGAUCGUACUUUAAGAGAUAUUAUGCGGGUGCAGUGUGAAGAAAACUCGGAAAGACCAUUCGGGGGGAAGGUUGUUGUAUUGGGUGGAGAUUUUUGUCAAAUAUUACCGGUCAUAAGAAAAGGAACUAGGAAUGACAUUGUUUCAGCCGCUGUAAAUUCAUCUCACAUUUGGAAAAGUUGUGUUGUUUUGAGGUUAUCCACAAAUAUGAGACUAAAUGUUGGAGUGACAAGUGAAGACCAUGCAUCUACCAAAGAAUUUGCAGAUUGGACUCUCCAACUUGGAGAGGGUUCAAAUAAGUCUCACGAAAACGGUGCGAGUGAAGUUUAAAUCCCAAGUGACUUAUUGAUUAAUGGUUGUAAAAACCCACUGCAGUCAUUAGUUGAUUUUACAUACCCAGAACUACUACAGAAUCACGCAAGUCCCACAUUUUAUGGGAGCCAUUUUUGACACUGUUCUUGUGCCUCAAAUGGGGUAAGAGCAGUCACUUUUUAGAAAUUUGAAUUUUUCGAGGAUUGCAUUAUAGGCAUGGAUUCAUUGUUGUUUAUUGAACUUUAAUUGCUAAUUUUUCUUGGUGAGGCCGAGAUUAGAAUGGGGUAAUGCCUAGUACAAAGUCUGAAAAAAUUAGUUAAUAUAGCUAGACCUCUUACCUUGCGAAAAAGGGAAUGUGAGACCAUGUCGAAAAUCGUAAGUGUUUUGCACAAUAAGAUGAGAUUGGGGAUCUUUCGAAAGAAAUGACGUUCUCGUGCCAACAUGACAAGGAAAACUGAACUUAAUUAAUUGAACUUGGAGGCUAUUUCAAAAUUAGCAUUAGUCCUCAUGUACUUCAAGUAUACGUCAAAGCACUAAUGUGCAACGACUGUUUAGCAUAGUUGUACACCAUGUCUACUCUUUGCAUAGGUUUAAAUGAUAGUUCCUAAUUUGUAGUCUACUGAAUUCUCUGAUCAUAAGAAUAGCCCUGAAAUUCGUGAAUGCAUUAAGUCCUUGUCAGGUUGUUCCAAAAAUCUCAAAGAAAGGGAUUAUUUAUCCCUUACCGUUCACCAUUCACCACCAUCUUCACAAGUCCUUCUGAUCGGUAGCUAGCUUAUUAGUGUAUAGUGUCAUAAAGUUGAGGAUGUUGUGAUUAAUUUUAUCAUAAAUUUUAGCCAAAGUACAAAAAUGUAGUUUAGGGAAGAGUUUUCUGUGAUUAUCCAUUUAACUACCUGUAUAUGCUAAUUGUUUUGAUUCUGUAUGGUCAUUAUCGUAAGUCUCGUUGUUCAGUUUGUUUGAGGAUAAACAAAAGCUUAAGUGUGGGGGAAUCUGAUAAGUCCGUAUUUAGACACACAUUUGAUGCAUGUUUAGAUCUACUUUUGAUGGUUUCCUUAAUUAUUUUGUGUCACAAGACUCAUUUUUAGCUGAAGUCAUAGUUACCUGGUGUUGGUCCGAGUUUUUGUAUUGUUUGGAGUCAAAAUAAGGAAUUAGAGUCCGGCACCGGCACUUGAGAAGCAAUCCGGAUGAGUUGAGGAUGCAUUCGAGAGAGAAUUGAGAGCUUUGUAGGUCAUCGGGAGGUUCACGAUGAAGAUUCGAUGAUCAAAGAGCUUUAGGAUUGGCUACGAGAUCAAAUGAAGAGAAACGGAGCUUGAAAACGGCGUUCAGGAUGACCUUCUAUCAAUCGUUCAAGCAUAUCUGUUUGUAGAAACAUCCAAAGGGAAUGAUUCAAGUUCCAUUUGAAAUCCAACUUCAAGGGCUACAACAUCAUAUGAAGACAUCAUUGAGAGAAUCUCAGAGGAGAAAGGUGAAAACAGAUGAAGAAGUCAAAUGAACGCUGUUGAGAUUUCAGAAUGCAACCUUCCGCCAUUUUAUUCAUAUCUUUUUAUUGGAUGAUUCAAAUCCAUUUUUGCAAGUUGUUUUGGAUAGAGGACUUCAUUACCUACAAUAUUCAUGAAGGAAGCAUCGACAAAUUCGGAGAGGAAACAACGCUGGAGAUACUGCCGAUCAGGCACGUCGUGGCUACCCGAGAGGCACGUCGUGCCUGACCCUGGGACGUGUUUUUUACUCCGCAGUCACGGUUGUGCCUGGCGCCGUGCCUGACCCCGAAUCGCCUAAUUCAGCUCAAAUUUCAUCUGUUUUUUCCUAUUUAAACAACCUGUAAACCCCUGUUUUGAGGAGGAGCUUAGAGAGAAGCCUAUGGAUGAAAUUUCUUCUACUUUUCCAUCUUGUUCAUCAGUUUCCUUGGAUUAUUUGUAAGUUCCUACGUUUUAAUUAAUGACAAUUAAUUCUGUUCAUCCCAAUUCUAUUGAUUCUUCAAUUAUGAGUUGUGAGUAGUUUUAAUUAGAGAUUUGAGAUUGAUGAAGGGGUUGAUUAUGAUGUAUGGCUAAAUUCAUGAUGGAUUAAUUGCAUGAUUGAUAUUUGAUUUGUGUUUGAAAGAUUGAAUUGAUAUCUCUUGUAACCUAGAACGGCCGCUAGAAUUACAAUUGCUUGUAGAAUAAAUUAAUAGAGAUCUAAUUUAUUAUAGGACGUACACCUUCACACACACUUAAUCAUUUGCUAAGAGAUUAAUAAUUAUUAAGGGGCAUAUACUCGCUCGUUUUGGAAAUAAUUUUAGGAUCCCCUGUCGCAUGAGAGAUUACCAUGAUCCCCUGAAUUAUUGUACUCUACGCCGUGAGAGCUGUAAGAACUUAGUAAUGAUUAGUGAGAUUCAAUUAAAUUAAUUUCAUGUGAUUAAGCUGAUCAGCCAGAAAUGUGAUUACCACGUAAUCAAUCCCUAUUUCCUAUCGUCAUUAAUUAGAGAGUCUCCCUUAAUUUUAUCUGCUUUUUCGUAUUAGUUUAAUUUUUCAAUCCAACCAAUUUCGCACAAUUGCAUUUUUAUGUUUCUUAGUUAGUAUUUAACACUGAAUUUAAUUAAUACUUAAUUCCCUUUUGUCCGUCCCUGUGGAAACGAUACUCGUACUUACACGCUAUACUGCUACAUAUUUUAAGUGCGAGAAAAUUAACAUCACGCGACCACUGUCGGCCACUUACAAUUAUUAUUGACCUAAUUCUCCGUUGCAACCAAUGACAACUAUCUCCGGUAAUGACACAUGUCCUUGCGGUCCACAUCUCACACCCCUGCCCCCAGUAGCCAACCUUAGCCCAUUCUAGUCCCCACCCUAGCUAGCUACCCUAGCCCCACACCGCCACUACCCCCACCCCUUGCAAUAGCCCUACCAUGAUCCGUUAGGCUAACCGCAGCCCAGCCCGUCAAUAAAUCUAAUCUAACACCAAUUUAUACGUAUUCAUUCAAUGAAUUCAGUUUUUCCCUGGAACCCAGCACUGUCAUUAUAUUCACUCAACACAUUCUUUGUUAGUUAAAUCCUUGUUUUUUAUUAUUACACAUAUUUUUUUUCUCAAAUUAUAUUUUUGCAAAUAAUUAUGUUUUAAAAUAUCAAACAUUCCGAUGUAAAAAUAAAUAAAUUUGGAGUAAAAUUUUUAACCAUGAGAUCUAUUUUUGAAAAAUAAUAGUUGAGAGAUGUAAAAAAAUAUUUUAACAAUGAAAUCUUAAAACAAUUUAGGCGUGAAAAUCUCUCCAUCAGAUAAAACUUCAUAUUUUUUAAGAAACUGUAUAUAUGACAUAUUGAUGUCAUAUGAAAGAUCGUAAGAAGUUAUGAAUUUUGAUAUAGGGAAAAAGUACACGCUGCAUACCUGUGGUUGUGGCCGUUUGCAAUCAGGGGUCUGUGAUGAACUUUGCAACAAACCCAAGCUUGUGCUUUCCCACCGUUACCACCCGGUGGCAUUUUUUUCCCAACUACGUGGCAUUUUUUUUCUAAGUGACUGGGCCGUUAGUAAUACACUACGUGGCAUUUUUUUUUUCCAACUAAGCUCCAAUUAAGAUGUAUUAUUUUAAUUACUUAAAAAUGAAAAGGUUAAGUGAAAUUAGGGCUGAAGAAAACCCAAUUACAAUUAGGUGAAAUUAGGGCUGAAGAAAACCCAAUUCUUCCUCCCAUUCGAUUCUACACCUCCGGUUGGGAAAGAACAAAGAUUGUUGGUCGAAGCAGACAAAGGACAAUAACGCAAGCACUGGCAGAUGGAAUUGUAGUUUUUUGUCCUUAGAGUCUUCACGUGAAAGUAAGUACUCCAAUAAUUGUUUCUUUGGUUUACAUAUUUUGGUUAGGGUGUGACGCUUGUUGGAAAACCUGGUUGGUAGGUAAAGUUGACAUUGACUAUGUGAGCAAGUUCGAAUUGGAGGGAUAUGCAGCAGAUUUGGGUUAUACAAAUGGGGUAAAAAUGUGGUUUAGAAGAUUCUCAAUUAGGGAGUUGUGUGGACCAGUCACCUUGCAAGAGAUAGUGUGUGAUAAAGAUGUUCAAGACAUGUUGGUGUGUAACAUAAUGGACCCACACAUUGACUUGUACUUUGUUGCAAACACAAGUAAAAAACGGGUGGUUGGUACUUUAGCAAAAGAAACAACCCAAUCUUCACAGGAAGCCCACACUUCAGUCCCAACUCAAAUACAAAAUAAAGAUCAAGCUCGACAAGCAGACCAAUCUGUGGGUGAAUCCACUACAUUUGUUGAAACUGAAUUACAGAGUGAUGAGGAUGAUGAAGACUAUGUGAAUCAAAGUGGAUCUGAAAGUGCUUCACAUGACCAUUCCAAUUCCAAUAUCAGUGAAGCUUCCUGGCUAUAUGAUGACCUACAAGGGAGUGAAGCUUCCUGGCUAUAUGAUGACCUAGAAGGGAGUGAAGAUGAUGUAUUUAAUCAUGGAGCUGCAAGUUUAAGCCAAAAACCACCCCCAGGUCCAGACCAACCUUCAGAACCAAACCCCUUUUUUUCCAGAAGAUCUGAAUGAAGAGCAGCUUAAGGAGUUUAAUGAAAGUCCAUGCUAUAGUGAUGACUUGCAUAGCAUUGUAGGAUCUGAAGAUGGUGAUGAAAAGUAUGAAGAGUUCAAUGAAGAAACAGGAGCUACAAAUCCAGAAUUAUCCAAAGGUUUGAAAUUUACCUCACAUACCUCUUUUAGAAAUGCUCUUAAGGAAUGGGCAGUCAAGGGUGGAUUUGAAUUCAAAUUUGUGAAGAACAAUAGAUCUAAAAUCACAGUGGUUUGCAAAAACAAGGACAUUUGUUCAUUCAGGGUUCAUGCAUCAAAAGUUCCAGAAUGUGGGUCCUUCCAAAUAAAAACAUUCAGGCCCAAACAUGAAUGCCCUUUUAGUAACAGAAACAGCUUGGUGACUAGUAGCUAUUUGGCAAAAAAGUACAUGGAUGAGUUGAGGGAAAAUCCUGAGUGGGAUGUCACUGCUAUGCAAAAGUCAGUUCAAAGACAGUUAAGGGCAGAGGUGAGUCUUGCAAAGUGUUAUAGAGCUAGAAGAAAAGCAAAGGCAAAGAUCCAAGGAGAUAUCAAAGAACAAUAUAGGAGGUUGAGGGAUUAUGCAGAAACUGUUGUUAAAUACAACCCUGGGAGUCUUGUAAUAAUCAAAACUGAAGCUAGGGAUGUCAAUGAAGAAGGUGGUGCUGCAGAGGGUGUACCAAGAAUACCCAAGGAAAUUCUAAUGCUUCAAUACAUGUACAUGUAAGUCCUUUUUAUGCUAAAUCCACCUACUUAGCUGUGUAUAAACACAUUAUCCAUCCUCUGCCAAGUAAAGAUGAGUGGGAGAGGAUAGAGAGUUCAGAUAUUGUGCCCCCAAUCCCUAGAAAACCUGCAGGAAGACCAAAAAAGAAGAGGAUUAAACAACCUGAUGAAACAAGGAAUCCUUUCAAGGUGUCUAGGGCAGGUAAGCAGGUGGUUUGUGGCAAUUGUAAGCAAGUGGGACACAAUGUUAGAGGGUGUAAGACAUCCAUAACUGGAGAAACACCAUGGCAAAGGAGAAAGAGAUUAGGAAAGAAAAAAAAUGUCCAAACAGAAGCAGAGGGUGUUGAUGAUAUUUCUGAACCAACCUCCCAUGAGCCACUUCAGACAACCAAUAAUGACAGUGAAUUAACAACUCCCAUGACCCAUGAUUCGGUUUCCCAAAGCACUGGAGGAAGAACAAAGAAGAAAAGGAGAAUCAGCACUUCACAACCACCCCAACCAUCUUCCAAAAGAGUGACUAGGUCCUCAAGUACACAGCCCUCAAUGGGCACACAGAGUUGAGGAUUAACUGACAAGAGACCAGAAAUGUUGCAGUUUUGUUGUGGGGAGAAGAAGAAUGGUGCUUUAGUAGACAUGUUUAGAUAUCAGUAUAUGAACUUUUAAAUCAUGCCUUAGUAAGCAUGUGUUUUGUAAUGAUACUUAUGUAAGGAACAUAUUUUGUGGUUAGCAUAUGUUCUGAAGUUGUUGUAGGUCAGUGUUUUGGUAUAUGUUCAGUUUAGUAUUUGUUGG